AUGGAGAACGGGGUGUUCCAGGUGGAGGGGACAGUCCGGGUUGAUGGCUCCCAGUACGCCCACCUGUACGAGACCGUGCCUGUGGUGGAUGGCAGCCCCAUACUCCGGGACCUGCUCUUCAGCCCUGACCACCGGCACAUCUACCUCCUGAGUGAGAAGCAGGUGAGCCAGCUCCCGGUGGAGACGUGCGAGCAGUACGUGAGCUGCGCGGCCUGCCUCGGCUCGGGGGACCCCCACUGUGGUUGGUGUGUGCUGCAGCACAGGUGCUGCCGCCAAGGGGCCUGUCCGGGUGCCUCAGCCCCGCACGGCUUUGCCGAGGAACUGGGCAAAUGUGUCCAGGUGCGGGUGCGGCCCAACAAUGUUUCGGUGAGCUCGCCUGCUGUGCAGCUGACGGUGGCCAUGCGCAACGCGCCGGACCUCAGCGCUGGUGUGAGCUGUGCCUUUGAGGAGGUGACGGAGAGCGCGGCCGUCGUGCUGCCCUCCGGGGAGCUGCACUGCCCCUCGCCCUCCCUCCAGGAGCUCCGCGCUCUCACCCGGGGGCAUGGGGCCACGCGCACCGUGCGGCUGCAGCUGCUCUCCAGGGAGACUGGGGUGAGGUUCGCCGGGGUCGACUUCGUCUUGUACAACUGCAGCGCGCUCCAGUCGUGCAUGUCCUGCGUCGGCAGCCCUUACCCCUGCCACUGGUGUAAGUACCGUCACGUGUGUACCGGCCACCCCCACGAGUGCUCCUUCCAGGAGGGCAGGGUCCACAGCCCUGAGGGCUGCCCUGAGAUCCUGCCCGGCGGGGACCUCUUGAUCCCAGUGGGCGUCAUGCAGCCUCUUACCCUGCGGGCCAAGAACCUGCCGCAGCCGCAGUCAGGCCAGAAGAACUACGAGUGCGUGCUCCGGGUGCAGGGGCGCCAGCAGCGGGUGCCGGCCGUGCGCUUCAACAGCAGCAGCGUGCAGUGCCAGAACGCCUCGUACUCCUAUGAAGGCGACGAGUCCGGCGACACCGAGCUGGACUUCUCUGUGGUCUGGGACGGGGAUUUCCCCAUCGACAAGCCUGCCACCUUCCGAGCUCUCCUGUAUAAGUGCUGGGCGCAGCGGCCCAGCUGCGGCCUCUGCCUCAAGGCUGACCCUCGCUUCAACUGCGGCUGGUGCGUCUCGGAGCACAGGUGCCAGCUGCGGGCGCACUGCCCAGCCCCCAAGACCAACUGGAUGCACCCGAGCCAGAAGGGCACCCGCUGCAGCCACCCCCGCAUUGCCCAGAUCCACCCGCUCAUGGGGCCCAAGGAGGGAGGCACCCGGGUCACCAUCGUGGGCGAGAACCUGGGCCUCAGCUACCGAGAGGUGGGCCUGCGGGUCGCGGGCGUGCGCUGCAACUCCAUCCCCUCUGAGUACGUCAGCGCCGAGAGGAUCGUGUGUGAGAUGGAGGAGUCGCUGGUGCCCAGCCCGCCGCCAGGGCCUGCGGAGCUCUGUGUGGGCGACUGUUCCGCUGACUUCCGCACGCAGUCCGAGCAGCUCUACAGCUUUGUGACGCCAGCAUUUGACCGCGUGAGUCCCAGUCGGGGCCCGGCGUCCGGGGGCACACGGCUCACCAUCUCCGGGAGCUCGCUGGACGCCGGCAGCAGGGUCACUGUGACUGUGAGGGACGGCGAGUGCCAGUUUGUGAGGAGAGAUGCUGAGGCAAUUGUGUGUAUCUCACCCGUAUCGACCCUGGGCCCCAGCCAGGCCCCCAUCACCCUGGCCAUCGACCGCGCCAACAUCUCCAGUCCUGGAGUCUUCUACACCUACACCCAGGACCCCACUGUCACUCGCCUUGAGCCCACCUGGAGCAUAAUCAAUGGAAGCACUGCCAUCACUGUGAGCGGGACCCACCUACUGACAGUCCAGGAGCCCCGGGUCCGGGCCAAGUACCGAGGCAUCGAGACCACCAAUACGUGCCAGGUGAUCAACGACACCGCCAUGCUAUGUAAGGCCCCCGGCAUCUUCCUGGGACGGCCCCAGCCCCAGGCCCAGGGUGAACACCCCGACGAGUUCGGCUUCGUGCUGGAUCAUGUGCAGACGGCCCGCUCCCUCAACCGGUCCUCCUUUACCUACUACCCUGACCCCAGCUUUGAGCCACUUGGGCCCUCUGGUGUCCUGGAUGUCAAACCUGGCUCCCACGUGGUGCUGAAGGGCAAGAAUCUGAUCCCCGCAGCGGCUGGCAGCUCCCGGCUCAACUACACGGUGCUGAUCGGGGGCCAGCCAUGCGCCCUCACGGUCUCCGACACGCAGCUGCUGUGUGACUCGCCCAGCCAGACGGGCCGGCAGCCUGUCAUGGUGCUGGUGGGCGGCCUGGAGUUCUGGCUGGGUACCCUGCACAUCACGGCUGAGCGGGCGCUGACCCUGCCGGCCGUGGUGGGCCUGGCGGCAGGCGGUGGCCUCUUACUGCUGGCCAUCACCGCCGUGCUGGUGGCCUAUAAGCGCAAGACCCAGGAUGCCGACCGCACGCUCAAGCGGCUUCAGCUGCAGAUGGACAACUUGGAGUCCCGCGUGGCUCUGGAAUGCAAGGAAGCCUUUGCUGAGCUGCAGACAGACAUCAAUGAGCUGACCAAUCACAUGGAUGGCGUGCAGAUCCCGUUCCUGGACUACCGGACCUACGCCGUGCGCGUGCUCUUCCCGGGCAUUGAGGCCCAUCCGGUGCUCAAGGAGCUGGAUACCCCCCCCAACGUCGAAAAGGCCCUGCGCCUCUUUGGGCAGCUGCUGCACAGCCGUGCCUUCGUGCUCACCUUCAUCCACACGCUGGAGGCCCAGAGUAGCUUCUCCAUGCGAGACCGUGGCACCGUGGCCUCGCUCACCAUGGUGGUCCUGCAGAGCCGCCUCGAUUACGCCACGGGGCUGCUCAAGCAACUGCUGGCAGACCUCAUAGAGAAAAACCUGGAGAGCAAGAACCACCCGAAGCUGCUGCUGCGCAGGACCGAGUCGGUGGCUGAGAAGAUGCUUACCAACUGGUUCACGUUCCUGCUGCACAAGUUUCUAAAGGAGUGUGCCGGGGAGCCGCUUUUCUUGCUCUACUGCGCCAUCAAGCAGCAGAUGGAGAAGGGCCCCAUUGACGCCAUCACGGGCGAGGCACGCUACUCCCUGAGUGAGGACAAGCUCAUUCGGCAGCAGAUUGACUAUAAGACGCUGACCCUGCACUGUGUGUUCCCGGAGAGCGAGGGCAGCGCUCAGGUCCCAGUGAAGGUUCUCAACUGUGACAGCAUCACCCAAGCCAAAGAGAAGCUGCUAGAUGCUGUGUACAAGGGCAUCCCAUACUCCCAGCGCCCCAGAGCUGAGGACAUGGACCUAGAAUGGCGUCAGGGCCGCAUGGCCCGCAUCAUCCUCCAGGAUGAAGAUGUCACCACCAAGAUCGAGUGUGACUGGAAGAGGGUCAACUCACUGGCCCACUACCAGGUGACAGAUGGUUCCUUGGUGGCGCUGGUGCCCAAACAAGUGUCCGCCUACAACAUGGCCAACUCCUUCACCUUCACUCGCUCCCUCAGCCGCUAUGAGAGCUUGCUGCGCACGGCCAGUAGCCCCGACAGCCUCCGUUCUCGGGCACCCAUGAUCACGCCCGACCAGGAAACUGGCACCAAGCUGUGGCACCUGGUGAAGAACCACGACCACGCCGACCACCGUGAGGGGGACCGUGGCAGCAAGAUGGUCUCAGAGAUCUACCUGACGCGACUGCUGGCCACCAAGGGCACGCUGCAGAAGUUCGUGGACGACCUCUUUGAGACUGUGUUCAGCACGGCCCACCGGGGAUCAGCCCUGCCCCUGGCCAUCAAGUACAUGUUCGACUUCCUGGACGAACAGGCCGACCAGCGCCAGAUCAGUGACCCUGACGUACGCCACACCUGGAAGAGCAACUGUCUGCCCCUGCGCUUCUGGGUGAACGUGAUCAAGAACCCACAGUUCGUGUUCGACAUUCACAAGAGCAGCAUCACGGACGCCUGCCUGUCAGUGGUGGCCCAGACUUUCAUGGACUCCUGCUCCACGUCUGAGCAUCGCCUGGGCAAGGACUCGCCGUCCAACAAGCUGCUCUAUGCCAAGGACAUCCCCAACUACAAGAGCUGGGUGGAGAGGUACUACCGGGACAUUGCAAAGAUGGCGUCCAUUAGCGACCAGGACAUGGAUGCCUACCUGGUAGAGCAGUCCCGUCUCCAUGCCAGUGACUUCAACAUCUUAAGCGCGCUCAGUGAGCUCUACUUCUAUGUCACCAAGUACCGCCAGGAGGUGCGUGCCAGUCCCACAGGCCCCCAGUUGUUAGGCCCUGACCAUGCACUCGGUGGCAAAGGCAGGGGGCUCCGUGAGGGCGAAGGGUGCUCCAGGGUGCCAGAGGGGACAGAGGAGGCAUAGGGCCUAUCUCUUGAGGUUGGGAUUUGAGGGACCUAGGAGAGAAGUCACGGGCCAGAGAACAAAGUUCUGCUUGGGCAAAAGUAAAUGCCCAGGGAAGGGAUGGGCUGGGGGAGAUUGGGGGGGUGGGGCCCAGAGGGGUGAGGCCAGAAGGUAGGCAGGGCUAGUGCCUUAUAGGGCCCAUGGCAUUUGUGACUCCAGCCUCAGGAGGUUGGGAACACGGAGGUAUGGACUUGAGGAUGUAUUAUUGCUGGAAAUAAGAACCUGUGAGCCAGGACACGGCCCUGAAAGCCCUGAGCCUGCACGAGCUCACCAAGGGCGGCCGAGAGCGGCGGCCCACGCACCGAGCCCUG